AUGGUAAAGAAUUCGAAAUUGCGCCCGUCAGCAAGGUUGAUUCAGUCAUUGUCCAGCACAAUCCCAACUGAACUGGUCCAUCAAAUCUUCGAUGACCUGACAAUCUAUCACAUCCUCGUGCUGGCAGCGCAUGAUGACCCAUAUCUGAACCAGCGUAUCUUCUCAUUCCUGGUGUAUAGAAAACUGCUCGCAACACAAGAAGAUUUUCUAGCCCUCAAUCGAUACUUUAAGGUCUACACCGACAUAUACAACCUUCUGCAGCUACCCAAAUCUCCAGUAACGUCACCUUUAGCGACUAGCAUAUCAACGCAGCAUGAACCGUUUCUAGGUCCCCUAAAGGAAUAUCUGCAUCAAGAAGUAUUUGCCCGACUUAGUGUUUCAACCCAAUUCCUCUCACUGCUCGAACCAUUUGCCCAGAAUAAACUGAAAAUAUCAACUCACUUCGUAACCGUAUCCGGCCUUCAGGGAUUCUGGAGGGCUGUCCUAUAUGCUCAAGAGCAACUCAAUGGCACCAAGGCAGUGCAGCUAAGACGAAUGGCGGAUAUCUGCGAAACAUACCCGGACCUAGUCUGCAAAGCGACAGAUAACCGCCAGACGCGGGUAAAAAAUGUCGGUCACAUUAUUCGCCGUUUUCGCACGGAUGCGGAGAAAGCCUCCCGCACUACCGUUUUGCGGAUGCGCAAGUACCAAGUUAAGGGUUUACCUUCGGGCUGGCUAUUUUGGCCCAAAUUGGUACCUAUAGUGCCGCUGGAUAGAACUCUGAACUUAUUCGUCAAGGGGAUAAUAGAGUUUCCACCCUCGCCAGAUGAGCUGAUGUCGUCUCACAAACUCACGAGACACAAUAACGACAUCGUGGAAGCGAUGGGGCUGUUACAUAUUAAUUAUGGGAAGCAAAAUGAAACAUCCUCUGAGAAAUUACCCCCAGAUUCCAAGUCUCCAUCCUCCACAACAGCAUAUUCAUAUCAUAAGUACCCAACACCAAUCAUACAAGAUAUAUGUACCACAAUCAAGGGGUUCGCGAAUGUAUACAUGCCCCCAGCGGUCAGGGAUAUAUACCCGGCAAUAAAUGUGCCUCGCAUAAAGUACACCCCAUAUUUCGCGUCGCUGACAGCGCGACUCUCAUUUCCAGGAGGUUGGCUGGAGCAAAAUGUCAUCCAGAAUGAUAUGAACUAA